AUGUCUGUGUUUGGCUUAAUAGCUAAUUCCCUGGGAGCAGUGGUCACGAUAGUGAUCGUGAUCAUACUUUCGGCAACACUCUCCGGCGGCUCCGCACAAACAGCCGGCUUGCUCGUAACCACUGUGGUAGGGUUCAUCACCGUCGCAGGCUCGAUUGUUGCAUUCUUAGGACUCCCUGCCGUCCCUUCGAAACCUACUUCGAAUCUCAAGGGAAGUUGGAGCAGACCCAUUCUCGAUUUUUUCAUCCCGUUCAAGGAUCUCCUCCUCCGAAAGAAUAUGCUCGCUCUACUUGUCUCAUACACGAUCUACACGGAUUCUACAUUUACCCUAAUCUCCAUUGUCGGUCAGCUUUUCGUUGCCGAAGUGCACCCCAGCACGCUGGAGUAUUCUCUAUAUUCACUAUCUCAGAGCUUGCUCAGCAUUGGAUGCACUGUGGCCUUCUUCGUGAUAAGACCGUACAUCCGAAUCAAACUAGAAACUUGGUUAAUCAUGGGGUAUGCCCUUAUUCUCCUGAUUCCGGCCUGGGGAUGUAUUGGGCUGUCAAGUGUGGACUUUGGAUUCAAGAAUCGAUGGGAGUUCUACGUCCAGCUGUUCGUCAUCAGUCUGUCGGGCUCCUUCGUCAACGCAUCUUUCCGCGUAUUGUUCUCCGAACUCAUCCCCAAGGGGAGCGAAGUGGAAUGGUUUGGGUUGCAAUUGAUUUUGUCUUGUGCUACUGUCUGGAUCAACUAUGUCGCCAGUGGACCUCUCCAGAGCGCAACACACCCGCUUAGAUUCCCGCUCGUCCUUGGUCUUGUUCCCGCCUGUUGUGGUGACUUAUCCAGGUCCACGUUCGAACUUCCCAAGCCCAGCAGUCUAGAUCCGGUCUGGGGUGAAGCUAGCUUUGCAAGAUUAUUCGAUCUGUGA